AUGGAAAACAGCAGCUGGACCAGCGUGUCACACUUUGUUCUUUUGGGCAUCUCUACUCACCCAGAUGAGCAAAUUCCUCUCUUCCUUAUCUUUCUAGUCAUGUAUUUAAUCAACAUUUCUGGCAAUUUUUUCAUCAUUGUGCUCAUCAUCUCUUCUCCUCAUCUCCACACUCCCAUGUACAUCUUCCUCAGUAACCUGGCAUUGGCAGACAUCUGCUUCACAUCCACCACAGUUCCCAAGAUGCUACAAAACAUCUUCUCCUCUACAAAGACCAUUUCCUACAUGGGCUGCUUAGCCCAAACUUAUUUCUUCAUUUCCUUUGCAGCCAUGGAAAAUUUCCUCCUAGCCGUGAUGGCCUAUGACAGGUACGUGGCCGUCUGUCAUCCUCUCCGCUACCCAACAAUACUGACUGGAACGCUGUGUGUGCAGAUGGUGGCUCUAUGCCAUGUGCUCUCCCAUCUUCAUGCCUUGCUGCACACCUGCCUCAUGGGCAGACUGAUCUUUUGUGCAGAUAACAGGAUUGCCCACUUCUUCUGUGACCUCUAUCCUCUGAUGAAGAUUUCCUGCACCAGCACCCAGCUCAACACCUUGAUGAUUCAUACAGAAGGCGUCAUCAUCAUCGAUGGAGCUCUGAUCUUCAUCAUCGCUUCUUAUGCCUUCAUCAUCUCUGCAGUUCUCCAGGUUCCCUCUGCCAAUGGGAAGUGGAAAUCCUUUUCUACUUGUAGCUCACACCUCACUGUGGUGGCCAUAUUCUAUGGCACCCUCACAUGGGUCUAUUUCCGGCCCCUUUCCAGCUACUCGGUGGCCAAAGGCCGCAUUGUGACUGUCAUGUACACAGUGGUGACUCCUAUGUUGAACCCCUUCAUCUACAGCCUACAGAAUGGGGACAUCAAAGAAGCCUUCAGGAAAUGGAUGAGGAGGCUCUAA